GAUAAGAUGAGCAGCGGCCUGACCUUGUAAGCCACAAUCACCCAGAUUUCCUUUCUCCUCCAAUUCAGAGACAUUCUCCAUCACCAUAACCCCCCACAAAUAUCUCGCAAUCCCCCAACUCGAAUCACUCAAUUCAUUCAUGGCAACCACUUCGCUACUUGAAUUGUCGAAUCCAUUAAAAUGGAAUCAUAGCUCCCCUCUCCAAUUACCUCCGUCCCGCCAAUUCCCCAAUUUCCCUCUCGGACAUGCUAAAUAUUGCGGAACAUUGACAACUAGAGGCCAAGGAUCAGCUUCUGCUAGAUUUAGCGUUAAAUGUUUCUCGAAGGAGCGUGUGGCGAGCCUAAACUUCAAUCUCGACACGGGCAACGAGUCUUCGUGUUCGAGUUCAAGUGCAGGGUCGAUUACUAAAGCGAAUGGAGCAAACCCAUUUGAAGUUAUUAGUAAGAUAACCGAAAAAAUAAUGAAAACCCUUAAUGCGUUGAAAAAGCCGGCGAUAGUGGCUGUGUUUUUGGGACUUUUGCUGACGUACGAUCCCAGUUCUGCAUUGGCGGCGUCCGGGGGACGAAUGGGUGGGAAGAGUUUUUCUUCGCGUUCGUCCUCAUCAUCUUCGUCGAGGAGUUAUUCGGUGCCACAGAUGUCAAGUCCUGGUUUUUCUUACUCCGUGCCCUAUUAUGCUCCCUCGCCUUUUGGAGGGGUCUAUGUGGGACCUGCUGUGGGGUUCGGAGUGGGUGCUGGGUCCAGUCUUUUUCUUAUAUUGGCGGGAUUCGCUGCCUUUGUUCUGGUUUCGGGAUUUCUUUCUGAUAGGAGUGACAAUGGGGUCCUUACUGCAACUGAGAAAACCAGUGUUCUCAAGCUUCAGGUUGGGUUGUUGGGAAUGGGUCGAUCUCUUCAAAGUGAUCUUAAUCGCAUUGCUGAAACUGCGGAUACAUCUACUCCAGAGGGUCUUAGCUUUGUAUUAACAGAGACAACGCUGGCUUUGCUUCGGCAUCCUGAUUUUUGCAUUUCUGGUUAUUCAUUCGUGGAUGUGAAGCGGGGUAUAGAGGAGGGAGAAAAGCGCUUCAAUCAGCUAUCUAUUGAAGAACGGGGAAAAUUUGAUGAAGAGACGCUGGUUAAUGUAAACAAUAUAAAAAGACAAAGCACAGCAAGCCAGAGAGCUAGUGGAUUUAGCAACGAGUACAUAGUGAUCACUAUCUUAGUAGCUGCUGAAGGAGUACACAAAUUACCCACGGUUAAUGGCAGUGGAGACUUAAAGGAAGCCUUACAAAAGCUUGGCUCCAUUCCCUCCAGUAAAAUACUUGCAGUUGAGGUGUUAUGGACCCCUCAGAAUGAGAAUGACACACUAUCAGAGCGGGAACUACUUGAAGAUUACCCGCUUUUGAGGCCUUUAUGAGAGUAGUUGAAGCUUACCUUGUAACUUGCCGGAAGAGGUAUGAAUUAAACUGCCUUUUGAGAUUCCAGGUGUUAUUUGUAUAUAAUAAAACCACCUAUAGUUAUACAAAGAUUUUAGUUGUUUUGGAUGGCAUAGACGGUGCUGUUCUAUUCUAAAUUUGUAUAUUAUAUACAGAGAGGUUGUAUAUUUAAG